UCUUCACCAUCAUCUUCUUCUUCUUUUGUUUCUCUUUUGGGUUUGAUUUAUUUUCUUUGUUGUAAUGGUUUUGAUUCAUCGUGCAGUCACUGCUCGUGAAUGUAUUGAAAUGAUCCUGAAUUCUUUGGUAUUAAAGCAAAUGAAAUAUUAGCUUGGCUUAGUCAAAUAUUGGGCAAACUUAAGUUCGUUCAAAAUAUAUAUGGUAUAUGUCUAUAGUUCAAAAUAGGUGCGAUCUGGUUUUUUUCCAGUUUUUGUGGUGUGUUGCGCUUCAUUUUUUUAUAUAUAGCUGAUAUAUAAUUUGGCAAAAUAUUAUCACAUGUGGAAAAACACUAGUCUCCUUUGAUUAGUAAUUACCUUCCAUGGAGCCAUCUUUCAAUUUUGGGUUUACCCGAGUGAUCAAAAUGAUUUCUUUCUUUAUCAACUUGAUGGAGUUUUCAUGUCUUUUAACCACAUGGAUCUAUACUCUCCAGAACAUGUCAUUACCAUAUGGUUACAUGAAAAACAAAAUCAUUAAGAGGAGUCCUACAUGUAUAAUCAUUUUGUUUCUGGUUAUCUGAUAACUUGCAUUGGCUUCUUUUUGUUAUCGUUUUUUAUUACCACAAAUAUGUGUUUCAUGGAUUAUAGUUUGAAUAUGUAUCUUCCAAUUCUCACAAGGAGCUAUUUUCUGCAUAAUUAAUACACAUCUCUCAUAUAUGUGUGUGUGCUUGGGUGUUCCUUUUUAUUUUUUCUUUUUGAUUUUAGUUAAUCCUUUUUAUGAGCUGACCCGAUUGAACAAAAAAAAUGAUAGUUUCUUGUGGUGUAGACAAAACAUUUUGUGUUUGUUUAACUUUAAGCAUGAUUAUACCUUUCGUUCCCAUCUUCUUAGUUUAAGUACUUGAAUCUUAAGUCAACUUUUUGUCAUACAUUUUUUUUUCUUGGCAAAUUUUGUGGCCAUAUUUUUCAGUCUCACAAACAUCAAUCCUUAUGUUAUAAACUUAAAGUGAAAGAUGCCUCAGUAGUGGUCACCAUGCUUGAUACAAAAGAAACCCUUUUCUUUUCUGUUCUUCUAUAUUAAACAAUAUUUGAUUUAUACAUAGGAUAAAAGUUUUCACAUCCCUAAUGUUAGUAUAUAAUUACACAUUUAUACAAGAUUAAAAAGCUAAUACCUUGAACGAAUGUUACUAAUGUACAUACAUAGUUCCAGUCCAAGUGCUACACGUCGGUCAUCUUGUUUAAAUUCUUCUUGCAUGCCAAUGUCAAACUCCUGUUUUCUGUAGUUCUCACCUUUAGUUUGAUGGACAUAUAUGCAUUUUGUAUAAUCGGUAAAAUAAAAGAUAGAACCACAUAUUAAUUAAUAAUAAAUCAAUUGUUAAUGGAAAUAUUUUGGGUUAUGAAAUUCGUACUCCUCUAUAAUUAAUUCGCCAACUGAUUUCCCAUAAUCUCCCAUAGGCACAUUCUUGGAAAGUGGAUUUUUUUCAAUAAGUUCUAGAAAGAAUUUUAAAAAUAUCUGGUCAGGAGGGGAGAUUUUAUAGGAUGAUCUUCUCUAAUUUGGUAAGUUUUAGAUUUCUUUUUUAUUUUCCUUUUUUUUUCAGAAUUAUUUUAGGCCCAACUAGGGUUCUUCUCUAGCUUUAGAUGUAUAUAUAAUUUUUUUUGUCUAUUUUCUAGGUUUAUAUACACAUAUAUAUGCUAUAUGUUUUAGCCUUUCGAUCGACAUAAGAUUUUCUUAAUCAUUGAAACAUAGUGUUUUCUCCGUUCUUUGUUUUCUGCGGAACCAUCUAUAGAUAAUAGAAGGCUUCUUCAUGGCAUACUCCAUUGUAAGAAUCAACAAGGUAUAUUGAAAGUAGUUGUGAUUCUCAGGUUCCUACCCUUCAUGCCCGCUACGUGAUGCUUUUUUGUUUUUCUUGGAUGAUACGGUGCAUAUGUUAUUUGAAAGAACAAAAAAGAAAAAAAAAAAAAAACUUUUUGCAGCUGCAUAUGUCCUCACUCAUGCAUUUACACAGUUAUACUAAAAUAUUGUUCUGUAACUAAACAAUUUGGUACGUCAUUUUUGCGCUACAUGUAUUUGUGUAAUAUUAUUCUUUUUAUAAACAACAUCCAAAUUACUCGUCGUGCACGGGAACAUUAAUCAAAUAUUAUCUCUGCGUGUGUGUAUUUUUCUCUAUUGAUAUGAACUUACUGCAUUAGAAAGUUAGAUAUGUUAAUCCCAUUCUUAAAGUCAGUAAAAGUACAGUCUUCUUUCCCCUUUGCACAUAAUCCUCUCACAACCAGGAGAAAGAAUUUGUAAUAUACCUUAAUCAUAUUGCUUAUUAUUUGGUCAUGUGUUUUUUUAUUGGUCUGAAUGUGUUCAUAUUUGAAAUUAUAAUGCAGGUUUUUCAUCAUUAUCCGCAGGUGAAGAAUAUGAAUACGCUUUCAUCACAUGUACCCCCAGGCUUUCGAUUCCGUCCCACAGAUGAAGAACUUGUUGAUUAUUAUCUCAGAAAGAAGAUUGCUUCGAAACUGAUUGAUUUUGAUGUCAUCAGAGAUGUUGAUCUUUAUAAGAUUGAGCCGUGGGAUCUUGAAGACUUGUGCAAGAUAGGAAGUGGUGAUCAGAAUGAAUGGUACUUCUUUAGCCACAAAGAUAAGAAGUACCCUACUGGAAGUCGUACAAAUAGGGCAACGAAAGCCGGGUUUUGGAAAGCUACAGGAAGAGAUAAGGCUAUUUAUAGAGGAGAAAAAUUCCUCGUUGGGAUGAGAAAGACCUUAGUCUUUUACAAAGGCCGUGCUCCUAAUGGACAGAAGUCAGAUUGGAUCAUGCAUGAAUAUCGACUAGAAACUAGAGAAAAUGGAACUCCUCAGGAAGAAGGAUGGGCUGUGUGUAGGGUGUUCAAGAAAAAGUUGGCAGCCGUGAGCAGAAUGGGAGAUUACGUGUCACCAGAUUGCUAUGAUCAAGUCUCAUUCCUGCCACAACUUGAUAACCCUCCAAGGACAUCAAUGUCCCGCACUUAUGCAUCGCAAAAUGAGCAGCAGCUACACUAUUCACAAUGCAAGAAAGAGUUUGAUUUGCAGUACAACAUGCCACAUCAUCAUCAUGACUCUUUUCUCCAGCUCCCUCAAUUGGAAAGCCCCAAAGUUCCUCAUCAGUCAGCUACCCCAUAUGGUAAUUGUGCUAUGCAGUCUUCCACACUCACACAAGAGGAGCAAUUUGCGCAAUACAUCUCCCAGCAAAAUAUGUUCAAAUCAUCGUCAUCGCCAUCGGUACAUGCGCUUGACAACAACAAUGAUUAUCUGGAAGCUGUUGAUCAAGUGAAGGAUUGGCGAGCCCUUGACAAGUAUGUUGCGUCACAGCUCAGCCAUGACCAGCAAGAUGCUUCCAAGAAAGUAACAAAUUACUCUCAUGCAGAGGAAAUAUUUCAUGUGGCUGAACACAUUAAUAUGCUUGCCAAUGACGCAUCCAGAAGGCGAGACAAUAAUAAUAACAUUGGACAGGACUAUGCCUCAAUAUCAACCUCUACUUUCCAAAUUGAUCUCUGGAAAUGAUCAAGAACAUGAAUAUUACAGUAACUAUUAGCCAAUACAUAAUACUAAUUAAUCGUAGGAGGUACGGUACUUUAAAGGGAUCGAUAUUUGAGUAUUAUUAAUCCAGUUGCUGUACAUAAGAAAACACAAUUAUGGUAUUAUUUUUACCUAUUCGACUUUAAAUUUGUGACUUUUUGUGUUGAUGAAUAUAUACUAGGGCAACUAGGUGGACCAAUUAUUUGAUUAAUUACAAAAUAACUUAGUCAAGACUACUGUAUACGUAGUACGGGACUACAAUAUUUGUUGAAUGUA